AUGCUUCGUUAUAUGUCCAGACCACGCUGCGGGGUGACCGACGCGCCAAGUCGCCGGCUCGGUGUCGCGCCGUUACGGUGGCCGAAGCUGAAUCUCACGUGGAACUUCCAACUGGCAGACCGGACUACCCAGCGAACAGCGGAGACCGCAUUCGCUAUCUGGGCCGCGAACUCGUCGUUGACGUUCUCGCGCGACACGAGCGAGCCGGACAUCAUCAUAGCGUUCCGCGAGGGUAGGCACAUGAUGCUGGACCGUAGGUACGGCGGCGCCGUUUGUCCCGAUGACCUCGAUGGGCCGGGCAAGGUGCUCGCUCACGCGACGUUACCCACAGGGACCCGGGACGACGUGUCAGAGGUUUACAUAGACCACCGCGAGGCGUGGCACAUCGCACUAACCCCCAAUCCGCAGAAUUCGCAUCAUCUACUGCGAAUGCUCGUUCACGAGAUCGGCCACUCGUUGGGACUGUCGCACACCACGGACGAGAACUUGCUCAUGUACGCGUACUCACCUGCCGUGGAAUGGCCGGUGGCGCUCGGUAUGGAGGACGUUCUCGCCGUGCGGAAUCUCUACGGUGGCGCGGAGGGCGAGCCGUUGACCGUGGUGCCUGCCGAGCGUACGGUUGUACAAAAGACUACGACGCCGGCGACUACUACUACAUCGUCGCCUACGACGACGACCGCGCCGCCGGAGCCGCCCGAUCCGUGCACCUGGCGCCACAUCGACACCCUGCUCGUGCUGGGAAAGCGCUUAUUCAUCACGCGGGGACGGUACACGUGGUCGAUCGGCCUGAGCGGGAAGAUCGUCAACAGACAAUUCGUCCUGGGGAAUUACGUGAGGUUCUUGCCAAAGAAUCUCACGCGCCUGUCGGCGGCGUAUCAGACGGUCAAGGGGGACCUGGUGCUGUUCGCCGAUGGAUGGGUGUACAUGGUAUCUUAUCCAACCCUCGAGUUACGCGCGUCGUGGCCGCGACGUAUCACGGAUCUUGGGCUUUCGCCCACCGCGGUGAUCAACGCCGUGCUGAACACGCACACAGGUCGCACCUACGUCAUAUACAACGAUUACGCGGUACUAGAAAUGGACGAUUGCAACAUGACGGCUCGUGGGUACCAUACGCUGCAGACGGUUUUCCCGGGUAUACCGUCGUUGGUACGCACGGCCUACCGCUACACCGAUGGACAACUCUACUUCGUUCAUCGGGAUUGCUUCUUCGCGUACAACGAGUUCACCGAAACCGUGACGAAGUCUGGGGAGUUCGAUCUCGACGUGAUUGGCGUGACGUGUCCGAGGGAGGAUAUCCUAUGUAAAUUGUGGGAUCUGCUCGCUCGGCUCGCUCGUUCCAACAUCGCGUUUGAUUAG